AUGCCAGAAUUGCGUAGCGGAGCACGGAGAUCAAAACGGCUUGUUGAUCUCCAGCCUGCCCCUCAGCCUGCUAAUCAAGAAGAGAACUUUGUUACACCUGCUCAGAAUAGAACCAGAAGGAGGGGAAGAGGGAGAGGCAAUGCAGCUGCAGUAGGAAAGGGACCUUCAGCUGCUACACCCGCUAGGCCUACUGCUGCUGGUAGAGGCAGGGGACUUAGGUUGAUAGAUUUGGAUCCAGAGCCACCUUGUGAGGCUCUUCCUCAAGCUGUUGGUGUUGGGGCUGGAGAACCGGCUUUCAAUAGAGUGGAGGGUGUUGCGGAUAAGGAAAUCCCAAUGGACGGUGGAAGCGCAGAUAAAGUAAUGGGAGUUGAAGAGGAAGCGGGUACAACUCCAGUGCCUGAAAGGGUACAAGUGGGCAAUUCGCCGAUGUAUAAGACUGAAAGGAAAUUAGGUAAGGGUGGAUUUGGCCAAGUUUAUGUUGGUCGUAGAGUAAGUGGUGGGACGGAUAGAACUGGACCAGAUGCUAUCGAGGUUGCCUUGAAGUUUGAACACCGAAAUAGUAAGGGUUGCAAUUAUGGCCCCCCAUAUGAGUGGCAGGUUUACAACACUCUGAAUGGAUGUUAUGGGAUUCCAUGGGUUCACUACAAGGGCCGUCAGGGAGAUUUUUACAUUCUGGUCAUGGAUAUGCUUGGUCCUAGUCUUUGGGAUGUCUGGAAUUCAUUGGGACAAUCGAUGUCUCCAAAUAUGGUUGCUUGCAUUGCUGUGGAGGCUAUCUCAAUUCUUGAAAAACUCCAUAUGAAGGGGUUUGUGCAUGGAGAUGUGAAGCCAGAAAACUUUUUACUCGGUCAGCCUGGAACAGCUGAUGAGAAAAAGCUAUACCUUAUUGAUCUUGGUUUGGCUUCAAGGUGGAAAGAUUCUUCAUCUGGUCAGCAUGUCGAGUAUGACCAGAGGCCAGAUAUAUUUAGAGGCACAAUAAGGUAUGCAAGUGUGCAUGCACACUUGGGUCGUACAGGAAGUAGAAGGGAUGAUCUUGAAUCGCUGGCAUACACCUUGAUAUUUCUUAUAAAAGGAAGGUUGCCUUGGCAAGGCUAUCAGGGAGAUAACAAGAGCUUUCUAGUAUGUAAAAAGAAAAUGAGCACUUCUCCAGAGUUAAUGUGUUGCUUUUGCCCUCCCCCGUUCAAACAGUUCCUCGAGACUGUUACUAAUAUGAAGUUUGAUGAGGAACCAAAUUAUUCUAAGCUGAUAUCUUUCUUUGAUAGUCUCAUUGAACCAUGCACGUCACUGAGGCCUAUAAGAAUUGAUGGUGCUCUGAAGGUUGGGCAAAAGCGUGGAAGGUUGCUCAUUAACUUGGAAGAAGAUGAGCAACCGAAGAAGAAAGUUCGACUCGGUAGCCCUGCUACUCAAUGGAUUUCAGUCUAUAAUGCACGCCGUCCAAUGAAACAAAGAUACCACUACAAUGUGGCGGAUUCACGACUACGUCAACAUGUGGAGAAGGGAAACGAAGAUGGCUUGUAUAUUAGCUGUGUGGCAUCUGCAGCAAAUCUUUGGGCCUUGAUCAUGGAUGCCGGAACAGGUUUCAGUUCUCAGGUGUAUGAGCUUUCAGCAGUGUUUCUUCAUAAGGAUUGGAUCAUGGAACAGUGGGAGAAUAACUAUUAUAUCAGUUCUAUAGCUGGUGCAGCUAAUGGAAGUUCAUUGGUGGUUAUGUCUAAAGGAACUCCAUAUACUCAGCAGUCAUAUAAAGUUAGUGAGUCAUUUCCAUUCAAGUGGAUUAAUAAAAAGUGGAAGGAAGGUUUCCAUGUCACAUCAAUGACUACUGCUGGAAGUCGAUGGGGUGUUGUGAUGUCACGAAAUUCUGGAUAUUCUGAACAGGUUGUAGAGCUUGAUUUUCUGUACCCAAGUGAGGGAAUACAUAGGAGAUGGGAAAGUGGGUAUAGAAUAACAGCAAUGGCUGCCACUACUGAUCAAGCUGCCUUCAUACUUAGCAUACCUAGACGGAAGAUGAUGGAUGAGACUCAAGAGACUCUUCGCACAUCUGCAUUCCCCAGUACCCAUGUAAAGGAGAAGUGGUCCAAGAAUCUCUACAUUGCGUCUAUAUGUUAUGGCCGUACUGUUUGCUGA